AUGUUGUCUCCGAUUUCCGAUGACGCAAACUCUGCGCUCUUACCACUGGAAACCGCUGUUGAACCGCUUCACCAUUUGGUUCCAAAUCUCAAUCGAUAUGUUUAUAUUGCAAAGCGAAACGCUAAGAAUAAUCUCGAUGGUUUAACAUCUGAUGAGGCAGCAUCAAUCCAUCUGUAUACCAUGGAGUGGGAUGAAUCUAAUAAGAGUCUAUAUUCUCAGUUAAAUCGAGCACUACGUGCUGUAGAUCGUGAGACAUUAAUACCGUAUUAUUUAAAGCUAUUUCUUACAGCUCUCCACAAAUUACCAUCGAUCAGAGCUACAGUAUGGCGAGGUGUUAAAACGAAUAUUAGCUCGAGCUAUAGAAGUGGAUGCAUACAGUAUGGUGGGGGAUUUCCGCAUGCACAUCGUCCCUUAGCACGUUAG